AUUAUCAUAAUGUUAAACUUAUAGAUUAGAUGAUCCUAGAGCAACAACUUCUGGUGAUUUAUGGAAUGCUAUGAGAUCUGUCAUGAUUGAAUUGAAUUCCACGUAUGAUUUUAAUAUAGAAGUCAUGAUAGAUUCAUGGAUUAUGCAGGAAUGUUUUUUUGAGUUGGAAGUGUUGCGAAAAGAUUCUGCUGUAUACGUAUCAGCACAAUUUCGCAACAAAUUAGAUGAGAAAUUUUAUCAUAUUCCUGUUACUUAUACUACAGAGUCGAAACUUGAUUUUACCAUAAUUUGGACGAAUUCUUUUUGGUUAACACCAUUGCAGUCAUAUCGACUUAUCAAUCUGAAGGAAAAUGAAUGGAUUAUUUUCAAUUUACAACAAGCUGGAUAUUAUCGCGUCAAUUACGAUACUACGAAUUGGCAAAAAAUUGCACGAUACUUAAAUUCUGAAAAAUAUAGUAAUAUACAUGUUCUCAAUCGCGCACAAAUCAUCAAUGAUGCGUUUCAUUUUGCGAUAGAGAAGAAACUUGAAUUCUCCGUAUUUUGGAAUCUCACUUCUUAUUGGCACAGGAAAAAGAUUAUAUAGCAUGGUAUCCUAUGUUGAAAGCAUUUGAAAUUAUGUCGAAUAUCUUUCCAUUGUUGGAUUUUUAUCCUGAAUUUAAGGGCGUGCUAAGGUUUGAUUUUAUGCAGAAUAUUACAUCUAAAUACGGGAAUUUAUAUGACGAAAGUAACAUCAACGAUCAUACUAAAUGUUUAAAACAAGAACUUGCAAAAUGGGAAUGUAUUAUAAAUGAAAAGCCUUGCGAAGAAAAAUCUAAGAAUCAUUUGAAAUGGCAUCUAGCAAAUCCUGAAGAAAAUAAACUUUUGCCUGGCUGGAAGAGGUGGACAUAUUGUAAUGGUUUGAAAACGGCAGAUCGCGGUAUAUGGAAUAAAGUUUUUACUAAUUACAUGAAAGGAAAUAAUAAAACAUUAUUAGAAUGUUUGGCUUACAGUAAAGAUUCUGAAAUUUUAAUCAAUUAUUUAGAAAUUAUCACAAAUACUGUAAUAAUUUCAAAAAUUUCAAAAUCUUUGUAUAAUCAAUCUCAUCUUCAAUUUGAACCGAUAGAGCGAGCUUAUGCCCUAAAUGCUAAUAUUUUUCUUUUUAUUCUUGAGAGGAAUAUCAAGUACAUGCUUACAAGUUUAUUAAAUAAUUACAAAUUGAUAAGACACGGAAAAGUCAAGGACAUUGUAACAUUAAUUGUUGUAAUUAAUAAUGCGUAUUCUAAGAGACAGUUGGAUGAGAUAAAGAUAUUUGUAACAAAGGAGCUGGAAAAUUCAAUCAUUUCAAUUACCGAUGUUGAAAAGAAGAUAGAAACACGCUUGUCGGAGAUCGAAAAACAGAUAAAUUAUUUUCGAUCUUUAUUCAACAAUUGA